AUGUCUAUGACAAUCCAAGAUACUGCACAUGUGCGGAACGGAUUCCCGCGUCCAUUCCCCAAUACCCCUACCAAUGUGUUAGAGCAGCUUCGCAUGACCGGCAAGGUCGUAGUCGUCACUGGUGGUGCCGACGGUAUUGGUCUGUCUGUGGCUGAAGCAAUCGCCGAGGCUGGUGGAACAGUUGUUCUUUGGUUUAACUCAAACAAAGCUGCUAUUGAAAGGUCCCAAGACCUGGCAAAGACGCACAAUGUAAAGAGCGCGGCAUAUCAAGUCGAUGUUUCUGAGUCUGAGCAAGUUGCCGAGACCAUUAAGAAGGUUGUAAAGGACUUUGGCAAAAUAGAUGUUUUUGUUGCUAAUGCAGGCAUGGCCAUUUCCAAGCCCAUCUUGGAACAGACUCUGCCCGAGUAUAAGAAGCAGAUGUCGGUGAAUGUUGAUGGUAUCGUUUACUGCGCCAAGUCUGCCGGCGAGGUAUUCAAGCGCCAGGGUUUCGGCAAUCUUAUCAUCACCUCCAGCAUGAGCGGCCACGUUGUUAAUGUUCCUGUUGACCAACCUGUCUACAACGGUUCAAAGGCCUACGUUACUCAUUUUGGCAAGUCGCUUGCCCGUGAAUGGCGCGACUUUGCGCGAGUCAAUAUCGUUUCCCCCGGAUUCUUCGAUACCAAGAUGGGAGCCAGCCCUCUUUGCAUUCAAGAAGCGUACCGUAUGUCACCUAUGGGACGGCAAGGCCAUGUCAAGGAGAUCAAAGGGUUGUACCUCUACCUUGCUAGUGAUGCCUCCACGUAUAUGACAGGCAGCGACGUCCUUAUUGAUGGAGGUUAUGUUUUGCCCUAA